UUUAAGGGUUAGUUUCCCUUUAAUGUUGAACUGGCUUUCUCUGUUCACAUUUCAUAUAAGACGGAGCAUUAGCCUUCGGGGCUGGAAGCUUCCUGUCCCAUGUGAUGAGUUGCGUCACAGUGACAUCACGGAGUCUUUCUCUGCAUGGGAACUAGACACCACCCUGCCGGCCGCUAUUGGCUGAGAAGGGCCGAGUAAAAAAAAAAAAAAAAAAAAAGGGCUAGAAGGAGAGAGAGAGAGACACACAGUGCAGCCCUCACUGCUGUUAGACUUCACUCUGCUGCUGCAGGUUAAACGUGACUUCCAGCAUUUGCUUUUUUUUUUUUUAAUUAUUAUUCUUAUUUAUGCACACCCCUUUUUUUUUUAGGACCAGAACCCCCCAGAUUCCAUUCAUGUGCAAGAUGUAGCUGUUUAUCCUAAGCCAAACUAUGUUACGUUUGCAUUGGAGACUGUGAAUAUAAACAAAACACACGAAAAAAAGCACAGGGCGUCGUUUUUUUUUAUGUUCACGCGAAAAAAAUCCACGAUGGUUAUUUUAUUAAAGGGAUUUUUUGUAUGCAUCGAUCGUCUUUUCUUCUGAGGGGAUUUGUUUCAAGGUGAAUCUCUUGACCGAGAUAGAGGAGAAUAAAUAAAGAAAGAGCCGGAUUAACCAGCCAUCGUCAAACCAGCAAACCGGGAUAUCUGUACAGUUUUUGUGGUUGCGAUUAAUGUUGUAACGUGCUAUAAUUCAUGAGGCAAUUGUCGUCUGUUUCUGCCCCAGUCUGGAUACCAGAAUGAGCAAGGAAAGGCCCAAAAGGAAUAUAAUCCAGAAGAAAUAUGAUGACAGUGAUGGUAUUCCAUGGUCAGAAGAAAGGGUGGUGCGGAAGGUGCUUUACUUGUCUCUCAAAGAGUUUAAGACAGCGCAGAAGAGACAAAGUGAUGACUGCAUUAAUGGGAGCUUCAAAACUCCUAAUGGUCUCCUCCUUAAUGGACAAACUAAAGGAUCAGUGCAGUCAUCGGAAAAUGAGAAAGAUGAUACGUCACGAGGGUCUUCACACACCAACAGUGUAACUUCAUCAGACUCAGAAGAUGGGCCAGUGAGAAAAAGGCCAAGGCUGCAAGCACAAAGAAAAUUUGCCCAAUCCCAGCCAAACAGUCCGAGCACAACCCCCAUCAAAAUUGUGGAGCCAUUGCUACCCCCUCCUGUUACUCAGAUGUCAGACCUCUCCAAACGCAAGCCCAAGACUGAAGAUUUCCUCACGUUUCUGUGUCUUAGAGGUUCUCCUGCUUUGCCCAGAAACAUGGUGUAUUUUGGAACCUCUCAAGAUGAAGAGGAUAUUGAAGAUGAUGAUGCAGAGUUGGAGGACACAAAGACAACCAACACUAACACUUCAUCAUCAUGCCAUUCAACACCUCGAAAAACAAAAACUCAAAAGCAUGUAACCAAUGGACACGUUUUUAAUGGGUCUUGCAAAUCAUCAAAGGAGAAAGAGACUCCCCAGAGACACAAAAGCAAAGAGGCCACACCAGGGAAGGAACGGAACAGUGAACAGAGAGCUGAGAGCCGGAGAGAGUCUGCUGCUGCUAACCACCAACCUGCUUCCAACAUGGGCACCUCUGCCAAAGGGCUCACUGCUAAUAACCAUCACAGUCAUCUUAGAUCGGCUCAGGACUUAAGGAAACAGGUUUCCAAGGUGAAUGGAAUAACCCGAUUAUCAUCAUUGGGUUCUAACGCAGUCGGUGCCAAAAAGACAAGAGAAGUGAGACCUACACCCUCUAAAACUGUGAAGUAUACCGCAACGGUGACUAAGGGGACUGUCACAUACACCAAAGCCAAGAAAGAACUGGAUAAGGCAACCAAACAGAAUCACAACAAACCCAGUUCAUCUGUUCACCACACAAUCUCAGGGACCACAGAAAGCAGCAAUGCAAAAACUCGUAAACAGGUGCUAUCUCUUUCUACAUCUAAGCCCAACUGUGCCGCUGUUCUUAACUGUGUAAAGGUGAAUGGCAAACUUAACAAAAAAACAUGCAGUAGGGAGGAAGGGAGGCAACUAAGGGAGGGACUACGUAACUCAAAAAGGCGCCUGGAGGAGGCAAGCCUUCCUGCUAAGGCACAGCCUUUGCUAAAGAAAAUUAAAGUAUCCGCCUGCUUGCCAGAGGUCAGAAGCAAAAGGCUAGCAGCGGAGAAACAGGUGCUGAAUGGACACUUAAAAAAAGAAGUGCCAGAGAAGAUGCUGGAAAGAAAUAGGCCGAAGCGGGCCUCAGCAGCCAGGAGCUCACCAGUUCCACAACCCCGUGGUAAGGCAGAAGAUACUGGUUGUGAAAAUCGCUCUACCUCGCACACUGAUUCCCCACAAAAAUCUCUGGACUCUGCAAAGACAGAGAAAAAUUCUGGGAGGGCCAGGUGCACAGCCAUGUGUGAGAUCCCUGUCCUCCGACCCUCUGCCAAGGAGUUUCAUGACCCCUUGAUUUAUAUUGAAUCCAUCCGAGCCCGAGUGGAGAAGUAUGGGAUGUGCACCGUGAUCCCACCUGCCGACUGGAGACCAGAGUGCAAGCUGAAUGAUGAGAUGCGAUUCGUUACACAGAUUCAACACAUCCACAAGCUUGGGCGACGUUGGGGUCCAAAUGUACAGCGCCUGGCCUGCAUUAAGAAGCACCUCAAAUCUCAGGGCAUCACCUUGGAUGAACUCCCGCUCAUAGGAGGCUGUGAGCUAGAUUUGGCCCAGUUUUUCCAACUCAUCAAUGAAAUGGGUGGCAUGCAACAAGUGACUGACCUCAAGAAAUGGAACAAACUGGCGGACAUGCUACGCAUCCCGAAAACUGCACAGGAUCGUCUGGCAAAGCUGCAAGAGGCCUACUGUCAGUACCUGCUCUCCUAUGACUCCCUUUCCCCUGAGGAGCACAAGAAACUGGAGAAGGAAGUCCUGCAGGAAAAAGAAAAUCUGGAGAAGAAGAAAGGUCCACUAGAGGGUCACUCAGACAAUGCCUAUAAGUUACAUUUGCUCCCCAGAUACGAGCCCAAAAAUGGACUCAUAAAUGGAGUGGUGCAUCGCAAUGGUCUCAGAGGCAAGCUGAAAGAAAUGGAUGUCCAGGUGAAAAAUGGCAGACGGAGACUGUUUACUCAAGAUAAAGAGAGUACGGAGGAAGAGCCAGAAGACAAGAGUUUAUUUGGUGAACUGCAUAAGUGUAUCUAUAAGGGAAGGUCUGUCUCUCUCACCACAUUCUACAGGACAGCAAGGAACGUCAUGAACAUGUGCUUCAAUAAGGAGCCCACCGUAUCUGAGGUUGAGCAAGAAUAUUGGCAUAUUGUGGAACAGAAAAACUGCCAUGUAGCUGUGCACUGUGGAAAGGUUGACACAAAGACUCAUGGAAGUGGAUUUCCUGUGGGUAAAGCAGAACCCUUUUCAAGGCAUGGGUGGAAUCUCACUGUCCUUCCUAAUAAUUCAGGAUCCAUCCUGAGACACCUUGGUGCUGUACCUGGAGUGACUAUUCCUUGGCUAAAUAUUGGCAUGGUUUUUUCUACCUCAUGCUGGUCUCGGGACCAAAAUCACCUUCCGUAUAUUGACUACUUACACACUGGUGCUGAUUGCAUUUGGUAUUGCAUUCCUGCUGAGGAAGAGAGCAAACUUGACAAAGUGGUACACACUCUACUACAAGCCAAUGGUACUCCUGGUCUGCAAAUGCUUGAAAGUAAUGUAAUGAUCUCCCCAGAGGUGCUCUGCAAAGAGGGCAUCAAGGUGCACCGUACUGUACAGAAGAGUGGACAGUUUGUUGUCUGCUUCCCAGGAUCCUUUGUGUCAAAAGUGUGCUGUGGAUACAGUGUUUCUGAAACUGUGCACUUUGCUACCACCCAGUGGACAAGUAUGGGCUUUAAAACUGCCAAGGAGAUGAAACGUCGGCACAUAGCAAAGCCAUUCUCCAUGGAGAAAUUACUGUAUCAGAUUGCAACAGCGGAAGCAAAGAAAGAAAACAGCCCAACUCUGAGUGUAAUUUCCACUCUACUCCGCGAGCUCAGGGACACAGAACUACGGCAGCGGCAGCAACUGUUUGAAGCUGGUCUGCACUCUUCAGCGCGCUACGGGAGCCAUGAUAUAGGCAGCUCAUCGCUGGACGGAAAGAAAAGGCCUCGGAAGUGGCUGCAGUUAGAGACGUCAGAGAGAAGGUGUCAGAUUUGCCAGCACCUGUGUUACCUGUCCAUGGUUGUGCAGGAAAAUGAGAAUGUUGUGUUUUGCUUGGAGUGUGCACUGCGGCAUGUGGAGAAGCAGAAAUCCUGUCGUGGAUUGAAGCUGAUGUAUCGUUAUGAUGAGGAGCAGAUUAAAAGUCUUGUCAAUCAGAUCUGUGGGAAAGUCCCUGGUAAAAAUAACAGCAAUGAGAACUGCCCGAUGAACUGUACACCAAAAAGAGGACCAAGAAAGCGAGCCACACUUGAUGUGCCAUCAUCCAGACUCUCAUCAUCUACUUUGUCCAAAAGUGCUUCAAAUUCAUCCUGAAGAUGCCAACACUCUCAUUUCUCAAAUCCUGAAUAUAUCUAUUUUUUUUGAAACUAUACCCUAGUUUGGAGUACUUGCUGUAGAAUACAGGCUGUCUUUGCACUAGCUCUAAGAAGAUUUUUUUUUCUUCUGGUUUUAGACAAGUAACUUUGUUUUAGCAUUAAAUUGUUGAUUUUUUUUUCUUCCCCCACCUUAUUUUUUGGGUUUUGUAUUGAAAACUGCAGUGGGAAUUUUGAAGCUGCAGCAUAGUUACUGUUUUAUGGCAGUCUGAGGGGGCACUCUAUUUUUUAUGCUGCCCUAGGGACUGUAUAGUUAACAAAAGCCUUUCUUGAGAAUGGAGCUUGUAAUAAAAAGGCUUUUUAAACCAUUUUUGAUAAGUUGAAGUUUGAUGUGUUUUUUGUAUUACUUUAUCCAGUCAAGGGAGCAGUUUUUUCUAGAAAGUCAAAACUUGAACGUACCUGCUUUUACUUGGCUGUGUUUCAUUCUGUCAUGUGCAAAAUGAGUUUUGUAUUUUUUUUUUAAUUGGGAAUUAAAAUAUAUAUUAAAAAAGUCAAAAACAAACAAAAAAUCUAUGGAUGGUGCGGCAGCUGAAGAUGGACUUUGUGAAGAACCAGAGGCAAAAUGCCGAGAUCUAAGAAAGUUUCUUUUACCAGCACAUCUCUAUGCAUCUGUUAAAGGAGAAGUAGGAUAUUACCAUUGGACUCGAGCUAUGCCUGCCUGGUCCAAGUCAUGUAAAGGUGGGGUGGGAUUAUAAACUGUGCCUGAUUUCAUAAGGAAUCCAUUCUGUUAUUUUUGGUGCUGUUGGCUACUUUAUCAAAAAGAAGAAAGAAAGAAAAACUUCAAUAGCAUCCUUUUGGAAAAGAAAAGGAAAAAAAGGAAUUUAAAAUAUAUAUAUAAAGUGGUUGAAGCCAGAAGUGCUUCUUUGUCAUAGAUGUGCAAUCUUUCUAACAUUCCAUUUUCAUUCCACUGCUGUCUCAACACAUCACACAAUCAGCAUUAAUAUAAAUAUAUAUAUAUUUUUUUGUUGUAAAAAAUGCCCUCUCUGUUGUAGAUACUAGCAAUGUAUAUCUCUGCUGCCCCUUGUGGCGGAGGUGGAGUUGCUCCAGUGAACACCAUUUUAGAGCCACUAGGUCUGAAUUUUAUUUCCUUGUUGUGAAUGUGAAAAAUUAUUUUCCUGAUUUUUUUCCCCCCCUUCUUUUUUUUUUUUUUUUUUUUUUUUUGUGUUCUGCAUUUUUGGAAAAGAAAAAACAAACAAAAAACAAACAAAAAAAAUUCUAAUGAAAACCCCUGUUUGUUUGUAUAUAUGCCUGUAAAUUGUUUUAAAUACUUGAGCCUUCUUUUGGGGAAUGGGGUGGAUAGGGGACGGUGAGAAGACAAGAUGAAGAAAAAGCCUUACAUUUCAGUUUCUUCAUCAGAUGGUUUGGAUGCUUACAGGGUUCUUCUUGUAACAUAGAUAUAAGUGCUGCUUACAUCACUGAACAACAAAUGACGAUUCAUAAUGGAGUAAUGUUUGCCCCUUGUUCUGCUUGUUUGUGGGACGCAAGAGAUUAAAAAAGGGAAAAUAUUUUCACAAAUUUGCUCUUUGUUUGAUGGUAGAAAGAAAACCAACCUGUAGCUGCCCAUAUUGCACUGAAAUCGCCAGUGGUAACUAUUGCGGGAGAAUCCUUCAUACACUUUGUUGGCUGUUGUUGCAGAAGACUGAUCUGUUUUUGUUUUUUUUUUACUUUUCCCUCCCUCUUUUUUUAAUAUUUAACAGUUACAUACGAGUCGUGUUUCCGAUGUGGUUGUCAGUUUUAUGGCCUUGCUGUGUACAUUUUUCCCUCUCUUGACAGUAAAUUCGAUGACUACGGCUUACAGGUUGCCAUUUAAUUUAUUAGCACUGCUCUGCUCUCUUUCCUUGUGGAAGAAUCCAUGUUGUUUAUUGACAGUUCUGUUUACUUUUCAGGUUUGUACAACAAGGUUUAAUAAUAAAUAAACAAUCUUUUUUGAAUUCUGACUUUUUUUUGUUUUCCAGCUUAAAAAAAAAGCUGAUCAGUUUUUCCUUCUGGUUUAGUUCUGGCUUUUCAACCCAUAAAAAAAAAAAUACAUAGAACAUAGAUGAGUUGCUGUAGACUAAAUAUCACAGCCAAAAUAAUAGUUUAGGUUCUUAAGCAUGAUAUCACUUUAAACUAGACUUUUCCAAGACAUAUCCAGCCUGCAGCAGGUCCCUGAGACAUCACUUUACUUUACUCUAUAAUGUGCCCUUGAUAGACCUAGAUGGGCUCUAUCCUGCCUCUUUGGCAGUGAUCCCCAGCCAGUGGCGCAGGAGCAACAUGUUGCUCACCAACUCCUUUGAUGUUGCUCUCUGUGGCCACAAAGCAGGUGUUCAUUUUUGAAUUUCUAACUUGGAGGCACGAAGACCAUCUGUACUGCCAAACAGAGCCUCCUGUAGUCUGCCAGUCCCCAUUGGGAUAGUAGAUAACCAAUCACAGCCUUUAUUAGUCACCCCCUAGGAAUUUUUUUUCAUGCUCACGUUGCUCCCCAACUUUUUUUUUUUAUAUUUGAAUGUUGCUUACAGGUAAAAAUGUUGGGGAGCCCUGCUCUUAGAGCUGCAACAAUAAGAAUUGCUCAUGCAUUCCUUGACUGGAAGACUAUCCAAUCCAAUAAAUAAAACUGGCUUUUUAUCACCUCUCUGCGUUUACUGCAUUAAUAUUUCCCAGGCUUAUUAGAUAACAUACUUGCACUUUUGUCUCAGGGCAUCGUGGAAGGAAUAAGUGCGUUGAUAGAUUCUUGUGAAGAUUGGAAGAACAUAAAAAUAUAGGAAAGAAUGAAAUAAUAUUGGGAGGGAAUUGAUGAAAAUGCAGGACACAAUACAAAAAUGGAAAGACUAAUGCUGUAAGGAAUACAAAUAAGUAAAGUGUUUCCCAGUCCUGCUGGCUGAGUUGUCUGUAACUAUUGGUGCUUUAUUCUAUAAUCAUGCUUUUGUAGCCAUCUAAUUUGGUUACAAAAUGCAGUUGGACUUGAUAAUUUGGGAGAACGCUCCCAGGAGUCUUAUGGUGCUAAUGUACAGCCUUAGAUUCCCAGGAUCACUUUUGGCCAAGCCGUGCUUCCAGCUUGCAUAGUUCCAGUACAGUACUGUAGGUUAUGGCAAUAUACAAACGAGUGUGAAGAUAAGAAUGUAGUGAGAUCAUUAGAAGCACGAUUCCUGUAAUGAAAUGAGUCAGGAAUACCUUUACGUGCAGUUUAGUGCAGCAGUCGUAUAGUUGUUGUGGCAGUUAUGGUAGGUUUGUGCAAAAUAAUGGGGGGCAAUUUAUCAAUAUCAAAUUGCAUGUCCAGCCAAGUUUGCUUUUUGGACAGCUGGUUAGACAUAAAUGAUAAUAUGACAUAUUUCAGACACUAUGCCCUUUAGCUGACUGCUACCAAUGUUCCUUGUGGUCCACUGAACCAAAAGGCCUGUCCACUAUAUAACUGGCACAGGUUAAAGCCAUAACUAAUACUCUGGUUACACUUUGUGAUUCACUGAUAUCAAUAUGAAACCUUGCUUAACUAAGUGAGUGACUUGUUGCAAAUGUUCCAAAGUGCACACUGUUUGCAAUUAUUUAAGCUGUGUUAUUUAUUAUCAUUUUCAUUUUCUCUGGUUUAAUACAUUGGCUCCAAGGGGCUGCUUCUGUUGUGUAACUGCAGAUUUCCGCUUUUUGUAGGAGAAAUGGUCUAGACUUCAUGCAAGGUCCCUUUGCUCUUGUGUAUUGCACCAAUGCUUUACGAAUGUGAAUACGUAGGCAUAUUAUAUCCAGUGAGUAAUACAUAUAUGUCUAUGUUGAUAUGAUACAUGCUUGGAAAGUGUUGUAUGAUCAGGGAUCAUUUUUUUGUCUUUUUUUAUGCUCUGUUUACAUUACUUUCACCUUUACUUUUUAGUACAAACAGUAUUUAAUCCUAAAUUAUUUUGGGUGUACAUUUUCUUUUUAAUCCUUAACUUCACAUACAGUCCAGCUUUAUGGCAACGAUGAACGAUCAAUGAUCAAUGUUGUUUCCAGGCUUCUUCAAUCAUUUCUAAUGAGUCAAAGAACUAUUUGAUCCAGAUGAAUCAAAAUGAAAUCCCUGUGUUAACAAAGUUCCAGAUUUGGUGGCACCAUAAAACCAAUUAUCAGCUCUGUGUAUCAAGAAUUUUAUUGUCAUACAAGAAGGUUAGCAGCUACUGGAGAGAGAUUGUUACUGUGGUGCGAGUAGGCGGUUCUACCCCGUGCGAAACUACUGUUUCUAGCCAGUGAGGGCAGCUAAUCUCCCUGUGUGUUACAAACCUUAGCAAACCACUAACUUAGCUUCCACCAUGGGGAAACUUAAUCUGUUUAACCAGUUACCACACUCCAUUUCACACUUUAUUCAUUUACUUUUAGCAAGUCAUGGUUAUUUUAACCAAUGAGAAGUUUAAAAAUCUGUCAGUCAGCCAUAUUGUUUCAAUUCAAUGUAAUGCGUGAUUGUUCAUUUCAGUUGCAAAACAAAUGUUGUUUGGACAAUCAGAAGCCUCUUACUAUUCAACCAAUAAAAAAAAAUGUAAGUCUGAA